AUGGAAUCAAAUUUAUGGUUAGAAAUAAUUACGUCAAUGAACACAGGACCCACUGAACCACCCACCACCUGCUCUGAUCUCACUGCUCCGUCCAAUGGAAUGAUCAGCUACAAUACGGGGACUACUAGUCCGAGACCAGUGGGCACUGUGGCCACCUACACCUGUGUCCCUGGCUGCACUCUCAAUGGAGGCACCACCAGGACUUGUGGGAGUGAUGGAGUGUGGAGUGGGUCAGCUCCAACUUGUCAACAGAUACUAAUCUGUUCUGACUUACCCUCUCUGCCUAAUGGAGCCAUUUCUUAUAAUGGUGGAUCCACUGACAUCAGACCUAUCAACACCAUAGCUACACACAGCUGCAACACUGGCUACACUCUCAAUGGAGACAGUGUCAGAGUUUGUCAGAAUGACAGAACAUGGAAUGGGUCACCUCCAACUUGUCGAGUUUCCUGUGGCCCCCCUCCCUCUAUUGACAACGGAUCUCCCGGACAACCAACCAGCACAAUAAUCGGAGGAGAGGCGACCUUCACCUGUGACACUGGAUACCUUCUGAUUGGCUCUGAAACCAUCACAUGUUUGAGUACUGGUAACUGGAGCACCUCACCAUCUUGCCAGAUCCCUCCCCCUGUGUACUUGUCCCUCUCCUCCACCAACUACUUGUCUGGGCUCUCUGAGAUCCCUCUGUCCACCGUGGGAGAUGGGAGUGGCCUCGUCUGUCAUACUGACCUUGCUGGCUGCUGUGAGGGGAACACUGGAGAUUGGUACUAUCCUAAUGGCUCUGUUAUUAUGGAGGAUGGAGCGUUGUAUGUUAGCAGAGAUCAGAUGAGUGUCAGUCUGAUGAUGAGUGGAACAGCUGCUGCUCCUGGUGGUCUCUACUGCUGUGUGGUGCCUACCAGUGGAGGGAUGGAUACUGCAUGUAUUGUGUUAGCCUCUACUGAUGAGAGCUCUGUCGGUGCUCAGUGUGACAACACUGGUGCUGUGGUGGGAGGAGUGGUGGCCCUGGUAGCAAUGGUGGCUAUAGUAACUGGUGUAGUGAUGGUGACCUACCUAGUGCUCCGGUACAAGAGAGGAGGGAAAAUGACUGUUCCUCCAGAUAUCUCCCUUACUGACCAGGGUCAGAGUGCAGCUGCUACCUAUGAGACCGUCCCUGCCACUUAUGAGGAGAUCCCAGCCUCCAAAGAGGUCAAAGGUGACUACAGCUACACACAGAACAAUGCCUACUUGACUGUGAGUGGGCGUGAGGCUCCUGCUGCUGGAGGAAUACAAUAACUGAU